AUGGAGGUUCAAAUAGAAGAUUUGAAAGACUUAACAGAGCCUAUUGAUGGUGAUGUUGAUGAUGUGUUCCAUUGGCGUGCAUCUGAGGAAGAGAAAGCCACCAAUGAGAGGUUCAGUACAGAUUAUUCCGUUCUCAAGCAGAGCUUGAUAUCAAGUCCUAUAGUGAAACAGAUCUUCAAAGUGAAAUAUUCCACAAAUAAGAAAGUUGAAGGGCUUUCCAAUGAAGCAUAUAAUGAUGAUGGCUCAAUCAUGACGAAGAAGAUGAUGAAGGACCUAAGCAGACCAAAUCCUGAUUCAUUUGACAUGGAUAUAGAUGAUGACUUAGAGACAGAGAUGUUGAAGUACACUACAAAUGAUGAUAGAAAUGGCAUGGCGGCUCCUGAAGAUAUUGAAAUUGAUCUGACUGAAGAAUAUAGACCAGAACUGGCUGAUGUGCUUGUGUUGGUAAGGCAUUCUUCAAUUGUUAUAAAUAAUGAAUAUGAGGUUAAACUUCCCUCGACUAUAAGGUCGUCCAAUUUAUUAAAAGGCUCCAAAGUUGAAGAGGGUAUAUGGGAUGAAGACAGUUUGUUGAUAACUUUAUCUUCGGGGUUUUUGCUAUUGGUGAGGUUCUUCCAAGUUAACGAUUCUGUCAAGCCAUACGUUGUUCAAUGGUGGAAAGCUAGCUCUUCAAUUAAGCAGCACCCUACGCUAGAUGAAAUCGGAAAGGAAACGUUAACACAUCCAUCUGGAUCACUAGCUGCAUUGACAUCUGCUCAGGGUCAUAUAAGGCUUUUUCAUUGCUCACAGACAGCACAUGGUGUGAUGCUUGAUAACAUACAAAACAUCAAUUUUGAUGGGCAGAUUCUUCAUAGUUGUUUUCUUGAACCACUAAAAGAUGUCUCUGAAACCAAUCAUGCUUUAAUAUUUACCCUUAUAAUCACUUCACAUAGAAGAUAUAUGAUUCGUCUAUUUGAAUGUUGGUUGGAUGAAAAAAGAAUUAUAGAGCAUUCUCCAUUUUUGCUAACAAAUGAGUUUGAUGUUCCAGUUUUUGUUGUCCCAUUCAAACAAGGUGUGUUUUUGAUGAUGGAAAAGAAGAUAGUGAUAAUCACAGUGAACCAAAUGCUUUCUGCGGAUUAUAAUUUCUUGCAGGCCAAAUUUAGUGGUGCGUUUCCUACUGGUUAUUACAAGCCAAAUACUAGGAUAACGGGUGAGGGAAAUGAAAUACUAAUCUCAACAGAAGAUGGUACUAUCUACUCAAUUAUUGUUGUGGAAGACCGGAUUCAUGUAAGGCCUAUAUUGAGAGUUCCAAAGUUGUCACAUUUUAUUUUAGAAAGAGUUGAAGAUGGGUUUGCACUCUAUUAUUCAUGCUCUUUUGGCUAUGGUGGAUAUCGUUUAUUCCCAAAACUAUUAUCAGAUGAAGAAGAUUCAUAUAAAUAUCUGUUGGAUUCUUGUGAUCAGCUGGACAUAAUUAGCAAUUGGGCACCGCUUCUUGAUGUGGAGGUUGUUGACACAAGAAACAAUAGACAAGAGUUAUGGCUAGCCAAUGCUAGAAGCUUGUCGAGGUUGAGAUAUGGCUACAAAGCUGAGAAAGAAAUACAAGAUAACAAGCUCAGAAAGGCGUACAAGGUUUUCAAUCAUGUCGUUGGAGAUGACCUUUACUUCAUAUUCUCGUUUAUCGAUAAAACAUUGGUGUUCAAGUAUGAAGAUGAUCAAUUGAUUGAUGUUGAAGAUAGUGGACUAGAGCUCAUAAAUCGAACUAUCAAUAUCUCUAGUGUUCAAAGUAUAUGUGUCCAAGUCUUGGAAAGGUCCAUUAUUGUCACAGAUUUUGCAUCUGAAAAUACCAUGAGGCUAGAUCUUGAAGAAGAUAUGGUUUUAGCUGACUCUUCGGACAUUUAUACUGCUGCUAUCACUGAAAGUAUCAGUAUAGAAGGUUCUGUUUCAAAUAAUCUCUCAUUUUUUGAAUCUUCUGGUGAUAUUCAUCUAUUUGGAGAAUCGGUCACCUUAAAAAUACCAGUUACAUUUUUAAGAUUUUUCAGUUUUGCUGACCAACUAUUUCUUGCAAUUGGUGGUGCUAAUGUUGCCAAAAUUUUCAAAAAGCAGGACAUGGGAUUCAAUCUGGAGCUUGAAGUUGAGAUAGAAUUCUCUGAUCCUAAUGACUUUGUCGUUUUUUCAGGAGAGGUCUUCAUAAGCUCAAGGCUUGGUGAGUUUUCGAAAUAUUCAAUGGUGUUUGAAAAUGAGAAACUUGCUCUCUCCCACGCUUACACGCUAAGAUUAUCUGAAUCUCCCAUUGAAUUUUCUUCAUCGUCAGCUGAAUUGUUUUUGAUCUCUAAAUAUUUAUGGAAACUGAACGUUGGUGAAACAUAUCCUUCGCCGGUUAUUUUUGAUGAGCCAAAGGAAAGAUCUGUUUAUUCGGUUAUCAAGCUGAAACAAUCCAAAUAUGCAGUAUUGAGAGAUGAUGGUUUUAGUUUUGUCAACAUUUCAAAUUAUUUGCAACCAAUAUUGAGAUCAAUCAAGCUAUCCCAGGUUCCAAGAAGGGUUAAAUAUAUUUCACAUUUGAAUGUUUUUGCAAUCAUUUCAGAGUCUUCUUUGUUGUUUACCAGUAAGGUCUCUAAACUAGAAACAAGACUUUACAGUCGAAGACAGUCUUCACAAUCUUUAUUUGAAGAUGAAAUUCCACUCUCUUUAUCAGAAUGGAUUCUACCAACUACUGAUAAAGCAUUUAGAAACUUACUUAUAGGUUGCAGAACGUCUACUGGUGGUUCAAUUAAGGUUUUACAGCCAAAGUUCUCACUCGAUAGCACAGAAGUCGUUGAGGCGUAUGAGAUCUAUAGUGCCAAAACAGAUGCCCCUGUAUUAGCUUUUGAGCAGUUAAAUGAUGAUACCGUGAUCUAUUCCAGUGGGUUCAAAUUGGUUAUCAGCACCUAUGAUUUGGAGAAGAAAAAAAUGCUUGAUUCUAUAAUUGUUCACGAAUUCAACUCAUUGAUUAUGAAUAUUGAUGUCAAAGAUGAUAUUGUCCUCGUUUCCACAAAGGAUUAUUCCGUUUCCAAGUUUAAAUACUCAGAAGGUGAACUAAGUCUUCAGGGAAGUGAUUAUUGUGUUCGGAAAGUAACAAAUAGUUUGUCAUUAAAUGACAAUGUCACAAUAACAACAGACAAGUUACAUUGUUCCAUUUCAGGAAUCCAAGGUUACGAAACUAGAUUCAGAUCAUUUGUUUCAUUUGUUCCAAAAUUGAAAAGAUGUGAAUUGAAACCUUUAUGGUAUGAUGGUCAAAUAAUGAAUAGAUUUAUAGCUUACGGGCUUGGGGGUGAAAUACAACUUUAUACAUUAUUGGAUAAAGAAACAGCACAAGAUCUAGCUAAACAUCUAAACAAUAAAAAGAUGGUACCCAACUCAGUGACCCAAAAAGGUCUUUGGGAUUUAAAUGAUAACAUGUGGGUGAAUGAUAGAAAUGUGAAUGUCAUUGAUGGUGAUUUGCUUCUCCAAAAUUACUCUGGUGAGCUCGCUAAAAUGCUAAACGCAAUAUCCUUUUAA